CAGACUCUGCUUCAGAGCCAAAGCAAUACCUUCCUUCUCCUUUUCCUCAUCCUCAACGAUACGACGUCGUUUGCCACUCGUCGGAGCAUUCUGCGUGCUCAGCUUCGGCCUCCCCAGUCUCUUCUCCGCUGCGUGCAGAACAACCAGCUGCGCGCCUCACUCUCUCCCUUUUGCCCCUCUCUUGAGGGAAUUGUGGGUUUUCAGAUCAAACUUUGGUAGCCAAGCAAAGGCAAUGGAAGGGCCUCAAGGGAGUAGCAGCACCACUGUACCAAGCAUUGUUGUCUAUGUCACUGUACCCAACAAAGAAGUAGGAAAGAAGUUAGCUGAAAGCUUGGUCAGAGAAAAACUUGCAGCAUGUGUAAACAUAGUACCAGGCAUUCAGUCUGUGUAUCAGUGGGAAGGUGAGGUACAGACAGAUUCAGAGGAGCUUCUUAUAAUCAAGACCAGACAAUCCCUUUUUGAAGCUCUCACAGAGCAUGUCAAGUCAAACCAUCCAUAUGAUGUCCCAGAAGUUAUUGCCUUGCCCAUCAACGCAGGCAGUCUCAACUACCUAGAAUGGAUCAAGAACAGCACAAGGGACUGACUAAAUAGCUCAUUAUAAGGGUUCAAUUACCUAUAGAACCAUUCGAGCAUUUCUUGAAGUGGCAAGUAGAUUGUCCAUGAGUCUGUGUAUGUACAGUACAAGUAUGAAGUAUCCAAAUAAACAUUACUUAAUGUUGGUUUCUAUGGUCUGUGGAUUUCCUGUUGGUUACUUUCAUACUUUGUAAGGCAAUGUAUGGACUUAUUCUAGUCAAUGCAUAGAUAUUGCCAUCUGAUGCUGUUUUUGCCAGCUGCUCA